UAUCUAGUAUCUUGGUCCAGCCCAUCUCUUUCUUUAAUGGGUUGGGCUUUCCAACUGAAGUCCCGCCGGUGAAUCUUCUUUGUUCGGUCCAUUAUCAGACUUCCGGCGACACGAAGCUUGUCAACUGCAAAAGGAAGGUUACGACGAUCAACGUCUCCGACAAUGAGUGCAGGGGGAGCAUUUGGUGGAAAUAGAGGACUGAGACCAGUGCCACCUGAAAAAGGAGUUUUUCCUUUGGACCAUAUGCAUUUAUGUGACCUGGAGAAGAAAGAGUACCUCAAUUGUCUUAAAUCCUCUGGGCAUAAAUCUGACAACUGUAGACACCUCUCUAAAAAGUACCUGGUGUGCCGUAUGGAGAAGAACUUGAUGGCAAAGCAAGACAUGUCAGAACUUGGCUUUGGCAAGAACUAUGAUGCAGAAACUUCUUCAGAGGAAAUGGAACAAUAGAAAAAUGAAAGAAUGAAGAAGAUCGAUAAAUUUUGUUAUUCUCUGGGAUCUUUUUGAGAUGCCUGGGUAGAAAGUUAAAACAUACAAGCUUCAUUAUUGUCACGUGAAAACUUUCGUAGUUACUUAUAGGAGGUCUUCUUUUUCUAGAUGUAUGUUUUUCUACUCCCAAAUCCCCAGUCGUUUCUUCAUAAACUUUUGUUAACCUCCUUUUUCCCUUUCUUGUGAAUUUUGUUUACCUUGAGAGCAAAAAUGUAUAUAGAAAGAGAGAAGGAUAAAGAAAUGCUAUGAUAAAUUAAAGAUUGG